AUGGAAGUUAUUUCAUCAAAACGAUUCGCUUUAUUGGCACUUGCCAUGUUGAGCUUGUUGACUUCAAACAGUUUUUGUGCAGAUGAAUUAAUGAUGCCCAGUCUUCACAGCAAGGAAAAUUAUCACAAAUAUGCUGAGCCUAGAAGAGGCCCUGUAGAGGAGGAGGAAAGUAAUCGCAACUUUAAAGAAUUAAAAGAUUGGGAACUAAAAAAUGUCAAUAAAUUGAGUUCACCCUCCAUCAACAAAAUGCCACCCUCUACAGCCAAUUUGCCAUUGCGAUUUGGGAGGGCCAUGAAAGAAAGGAACACGGGGGAAAGAACCAACCUGCCUUUGAAAUUUGGAAGAUAUAUGAAAGAAAGCAUCUCGCGGCGUGUUCCUAAUAUGCCCCAAAGGUUUGGCAGAACAGCAAGUUUCACCAAGACACCAAGUGACUUUUUUCAACAGUCCAUGCAUUCACCAUCUGCCAUUAAGUUAAUUCACCCCAGGAUCUAUCAUACUCAAGAUAUCCAGAAUACUGGUCCAAAACACCCAAGGUAAAGUGAGUCCAUAUCAUCAAAAAGAAUGGAUGGGGAGCAUUGAGGGGAGAUUCUGAGAAAAUGGCUUUCUUCCUCAAGUUUAAAUCAAGAUGUUUUCUUUU